AUGACUACAGCAAAGUUCAGAACCUUGGAAAGGGAGCACCGCUUCAAGAACCCUCCGAAGGAUAGAUCGGCCUUUCAGAUGCUUUAUGACGCUGUCAGGCCCCAUGUCGGAUCGUUCAACGCUUUGACAGAGGGGCCCAAUGGAGGGCUUUUGAACUUAGCCGUUAAAGACAUUGGAACAAAAACAAUUUUUGACACUAAUGAUGCCACUGGCUCGGGAAAUAAACUGAGAAUAAGAGUUGACUCUGUGCAGAUUGCCAAACCGCAAGUUCCUUCGACCGACAAACUCUCGGUCGUUAGAAACACCUACCCUGCAGAGUGUAGAGAAAGAAUGACCACUUACCGGGCGAGACUCCUGCUCAAAGUGUGUUGGUCUAUUAACGAUGGCGAAGAGAUCAGUGAAGUCAGAGAAGCAGGUCAAAUCCCGAUCAUGUUGCAAUCCAACAGAUGUCACCUUGAAAACCUGUCCCCUGAUCAGCUUAUUAAAUUAAGAGAAGAGAGCGAUGAACUGGGAGGUUAUUUUAUUGUCAAUGGUAUUGAAAAACUGAUCAGAAUGCUCAUUGUGCAAAGACGCAACCAUCCGAUGGCUAUCAUCAGACCAUCGUUCGCUAAUAGAGGCACAUCGUAUUCGCAUUUUGGUGUUCAGAUUCGCUCGGUGAGGCCAGACCAAACUUCGCAGACAAAUGUUUUGCACUACUUGAAUGAUGGAAAUGUUACGUUCAGGUUUUCUUGGAGAAAGAACGAGUAUUUGAUCCCUGUCGUGAUGAUCUUGAAAGCAUUGAUCGAAACUAAUGAUAGAGAAAUUUUUGAUGGUGUGGUGGGUGCCGACACUGGAAAUUCUUUCUUGACAGAUCGUUUGGAGUUGUUGUUGAGAACUUAUAAGAACUACAAUCUCUACUCUCAAAAAGAGACCCUAGCAUAUCUUGGUGACAAAUUCAGGGUGGUGUUUGGUGCUACCCCUGACAUGUCUGAUGUCAGCGUGGGUGAGGAAGUUAUCAAGAGAAUUGUUCUAGUCCACUUGGAAAACAACGAGGACAAAUUCCGUAUGCUCUUAUUCAUGAUCAGAAAACUCUACUCUUUAGUGGCCGGAGAUUGCUCUCCAGACAAUCCGGAUGCAACUCAGCAUCAAGAGAUUUUGCUGGGGGGCUUCCUAUAUGGAAUGAUUUUGAAAGAAAAAAUUGAGGAAUACCUCCAAAACAUCAGAUUGCAAAUACAAUCUGACAUCAAUAGAGGCAUUGCGGUGAAUUUCUCAGACCGGAAGUACAUGUCGAGAGUGUUCUUGAGAAUCAAUGAAAAUAUUGGCCAAAAGCUGCAGUACUUUUUGUCAACCGGUAACUUGGUUUCGCAAUCUGGAUUAGACUUGCAACAGGUGAGUGGUUACACUGUGGUGGCAGAAAAAAUCAAUUUCCACCGUUUUAUUUCUCACUUCCGAAUGGUCCACAGAGGUUCGUUCUUUGCGCAGUUGAAGACCACGGCGGUCCGUAAAUUACUCCCCGAAUCGUGGGGAUUUUUGUGUCCUGUCCACACACCAGAUGGAUCUCCUUGUGGACUGCUAAAUCACCUGGCCCACAAAUGCCAAAUUACUACCAAAGCAUCCGACGUCACAAAGGUCCCAAAGCUCCUCCACAAGCUGGGUGUCUCACCUACUGCGUCCGCUAUAAAUAUAUCUGGUCCAAAUGUUUGCUGUGUUCAAUUGGACGGUAGAAUCAUUGGCUGGUGCUCUCACAAGCAGGGAAAGAUCGUUGCAGAUACCCUGAGAUUUUGGAAGGUGGAAGGAAACCACGAUAUUCCGCUCGAUUUGGAAAUUGGAUAUGUUCCGCCAUCCUCUGGCGGUCAAUAUCCAGGUCUUUAUCUGUUUGCUGGACCUUCGAGAAUGGUUAGACCAGUCAGGUAUCUUCCUUUGGAUAAAGAGGAUAUUGUUGGUCCCUUCGAGCAAGUUUUCAUGAAUGUUGCCGUUAUUCCUUCUGAGAUCGAAAAUAAUAUUCACACACACGUUGAAUUUGCACCAACCAAUAUCUUGUCCAUCCUAGCUAAUUUAACACCGUUUUCGGAUUUCAAUCAGUCGCCAAGAAACAUGUACCAAUGCCAGAUGGGUAAGCAAACCAUGGGAACUCCUGGUGUUGCGCUGUGCCACAGAAGCGACAACAAGCUCUACCGUCUUCAAUCAGGUCAGACACCAAUCGUUAAAGCCAAUCUUUAUGACGAUUAUGGGAUGGAUAAUUUCCCUAACGGUACCAACGCAGUGGUUGCUGUUAUAUCGUAUACUGGGUAUGAUAUGGACGAUGCAAUGAUAAUCAAUAAGUCCGCUGAUGAGAGGGGAUUCGGUUACGGAGUGGUGUACAAAGUUGAAAAAGUGGACUUAUCCUUGAAUAGAAAGAGAGGAGAUCCAAUCACUCAACAUUUUGGCUUUGGAAGCGAUGAAUGGCCUGAAAGCUGGAAAGAAAAGCUAGAUAACGAUGGGCUGCCACACAUCGGAGUUCACGUGGAAGAGGGGGACCCUAUUUGCGCUUAUUACGAUGAUAUUUUGGGCAAAACUAAAGUGAAGACCUACCAUAGCUCUGAGCCAGCUUUCAUUGAGGAAGUGAAGCUUCUGGGAGACGACAAUGGAACAAGCGAGUUCCAGACGCUUUCGAUAAAGUACCGUAUCACCAGACAGCCAUUAAUCGGAGACAAGUUCUCGUCAAGACACGGCCAAAAGGGUGUUUGUUCGAGAAAGUGGCCUCAAAUUGAUAUGCCUUUCAGCGAGACUGGUAUUCAGCCGGACGUGAUCAUCAAUCCGCAUGCGUUCCCAUCGAGAAUGACUAUUGGUAUGUUUGUCGAGUCUCUUGCCGGAAAAGCUGGAGCUUUACACGGUAUUGCCCAGGACGCAACUCCAUGGAAGUUCAGCGAAUCUGACACACCAGCCGACUAUUUCGGUGAGCAGCUCCAAAAGGCCGGAUACAACUACCACGGAAAUGAGCCGUUGUAUUCUGGUGUGACAGGAGAAGAGCUUCGCGCCGACAUAUACAUUGGUGUCGUUUAUUACCAAAGAUUGAGACACAUGGUGAACGAUAAAUUCCAAGUCAGAUCUACAGGUCCAGUGAACUCUCUCACAUUGCAACCUGUCAAAGGUAGAAAGAGACACGGAGGUAUUCGUGUGGGAGAGAUGGAGAGAGAUGCUCUUAUUGGUCACGGAACAUCUUUCUUGCUUCAAGACAGACUGCUCAACUGCUCGGAUUACACACAAACUGCCAUUUGUCGAUCAUGUGGCUCGUUGCUGUCCACGCAAAUGUCUGUCCCUCGUAUUGGCACUCAGGCGACUACGAGAUGUCGCCGCUGUGCCAAAAAAGUUGAUCGUGUGCUACAGAAUACGGACGAAAUGGAUAUUUGGGAGGACGGUCAGGGAACCAAGUUUAUUGGUGGCGGAGAUACAACCACUGUUGCUAUUCCGUUUGUUCUCAAGUAUCUGGAUUCUGAGCUGUCAGCUAUGGGUAUCCGCAUGCACUACAAUGUUGUGCCCUAGAGGAUGGGAAAUUUUUACAUACCAUAAAACCUUACACCGGAUGUAC